CUCGCAUUAAUUCAACAGUGUUUAUUAAACAUAGCUAUUGUUUGAGUGUAGCACAUCUUAUUUUGAGUAAAGAGAAAUCCAUCCACGAUGUUCUCCUCAAUCGUCCUUGCUGCCAAGCGUUCGUUGCAGCAUCAAAAGUCCGAUUUUCGUUUGCAAAUCUUUGCGUUCAAACUGAACGAAAACUGUUUGUGCAUCGGGCAAACGUCCGGCUUCUAUGAGUUCAUCACCAAUUUCUCCGGUUACACGGAUCAAUUGGAACCGCUGUGCAGUAUUACAAUGCUUCCGCAAUUUGCUUCAAUCAAGCACUUGUACAUCAUACGUUUUGAAUUGACGCUGGCUCAAAUUGAGCAUAUCAAACCGAUUCUGCCACAGUUGGAAGUGUUGCGAGUGCAAGAUUGUCGAUUUGAAAGCGAUUUCUAUGGGUCUUUUGUAAAAUAUUGUGUAAAUUUAAAGUGGCUUUGUCUUGAAAACAUCGACCUCAAGCGGCCAGAGUUUCUGGUUGAAAGUGUGCAGAAUCAUUGGUUACAUCAGGAAUAUCCAUUGCUAGAUCACUUUAAAUUGACACCAAGAAGCGGUAAUAAAAUCAUCGAAUUGAAACGAUUUUUCGAGCAAAAUCCCAAUAUUCGCAGUUUUAGCAUCAGUUCAUUUUGUUUGUACGAAAAUUGGCUAUCGUUGAUCGAUACAAAGGCAAACUUGGAUGUUUUAUUCGUUGAUUUCAAUUGUUGGCCAAGAAUUUACCUCGAUUCGAUACGUGAUGUACUGAACUUUCUUCAUCGACGAGGCUUCUACAAAAAAUUGCAUUUGAAUUUACCAAAUCUUCAGAAUCUCCCGACUGAUGACACCGCUUCACUGAAAGCACUCGAGAAAUUACACAUCAAACGCUUAAAACAAUUUGAAAACCUAUUUCUUCUAAUGAAAGUAAAUGAACUCGUCGUGUCGGCAAUAUCCGAAUUUACAGAUGUAAAGGUGUUAGCAAUGACUUUCGUUGAUCUGAAACGAAUCUAUUUGAAAAUGGCCACAUCCGAUGAUAUCAUUGCAUUCAUUCGAUAUUCUCCGAAUUUGCGGGAAAUUCACGUUGAAACCCUUGGACAUGGAUCACAUUUCUAUGGCAGAAUUCUUGAUGUUGUUUACUUAAACAAAGAACGCAAAAAAUUGGAGAAAGCACAAAAAGUGAAAGUCUUCGUCAAUAAAAAAGUGGUGAAUGCAUCAAAAUCGGCCGUGGAUGAUCAUGAAUUUAGUUACGUUAACUUGGAAAAGAUCAACUUUAAUGCAUUUCAUCAGAAAUUUGAGUUCUGAAGAUAAUGCUUUCAACUUUACUUGAGGCACUUUUUUCAAGGCGCACGAUUGCAAACGUUCACGAUCCUCCCUAUAUUUUAUCGUGCACGAUUUCAAUCGUAAGCAAUCGUGAGCAGAGCGUGUUAUGAACUGAUGUCAGCAGCACUAACUAACGUCAGCUGCUAAUAUCAGCUGCUGACGAGUAUGCGUUGUGUUGUUUUUGUGUUUUUGGCACCCAGAAAAGAAUACGAAUUUCGUACUGCAAAUGCGUUAAAACAACGCAACGCAUACUCAUCAGCAGCUGAUAUCAGUAGCUGACGUUAAUUAGUGCUGCUGACAUAAGCUCAUAACACGCUCUGAUCGUGCGCCUUAAAAAUACUGCUCUUAGUCUAGUAAUAAGUUACAUGAAAAAAAUAAUAAAUCUGUUUACUUGUUGUUUUGUGCAUCAUCUUUUACCCACGAGUA